AUGCCCGCAUGGCUUCCUUCCAUUCCAUAUCCCCCGCCAGGCCAGCCGGGGUACUGGCAGCCCGUCACAAGCACUCUACAGUGGUGUGAAGAAGACUACUAUGCGACCUACUACUCUGCCGAGAUCAUCAACACUCUGACCAAUCUGAUGUUCAUUUACCUGGCAUACAAGGGCGUUCGGAGCUGCAGAAAACAUGGUCACGAUACUGUAUUUGAAGUGGCAUAUUUUGGGUACUUCCUUGUGGGAUUCGGAAGCUUCAUGUUCCACACCACCUUGAAAUAUCCGUGGCAACUGGUCGACGAACUCAACAUGAUCUACACGACCUGUCUCAUGGCCUUCGCGUCUCUUUCUUACUCGCAAACUAAAAAGACACAAAUCUACCUCGGCGUCUUCUUAUCGUUAUUCUGCGCCUUCAUUACUGCGUACUACCACUAUCUUCAAGAUCCGGCUUUCCACCAGAUUGUCUACGCCCUGUUGACCGUUUUCAUCGUCGUCCGCAGCGUCUACAGUAUGGAAACGAGUCUGCGGCCUUCCCUGAGGAAGUCGGAGGAAAAACACCGUCUGGAGCGAGAAAGGGCAGGCUUGCCGGUUGACAUCUCGAGAGGACAACAAGAGUAUGAGAACAAGAGAGACCUGGAAAUACUGAGGACCAUGUGGUGCCUCGUGGCGUUUGGGGUGAGCAUCUUCCUUGGCGGCUUCUACAUCUGGAAUCUGGAUAACCAGUACUGUUCCACCCUGAUCCGUUGGCGGCGGAGCAUCGGCAUGCCAUGGGGUUUCCUCCUCGAGGGACAUGGCUGGUGGCAUCUCAUGACCGGGAUUGGCGCUUAUUGCUACAUUGUGUGGGGCAUACACCUGCGACACAUUUUGAACGGAGAUCAGGAGCAUUUUCAGAUGGUCUGGCCCAGCAUUUUCACACUGCCAGAAAUCGUGCGAGUGUCAGAUCCGCCGAGGGCGAACAAGACGAGGAAGGCAAGUGGUGCUGCAAUUGCUCUCAACGGGAGUGCAAACGGAACAGCCCACAGAACCGCCAAUGGAAGUGCAAAUGGGAGUGCAAAUGGACAUAUAAAAAAGACAAAAUGA